CGCUCCGCCGCCGCCGCCGCCGCUGCCGCCGCCGCCGCCGCCGCUGCGGCACCUGCUGCGCUGCGAGCGGCGGCGGCGCGGGGCCAUGAGGGCGCUGGCGGCGGCCGCGCUGGCGCUCGCCGCGCUGCUGGGUCCGGCGGCGGCGAUGCUGGAGGUGCACGUGGCGAGCGGCUCCGUCUUCGCCGUGGAAGGGCGCCCGGCGGUGCUGCCCGUGUGGUACACGAGCCGCUCGCAGAAGAAGCCCUACGUCACCUGGCUGCUGCACAAGCCCGACGCCGACCCCUUCCAGAUCUUGACCUACCUGGACGGGGUGGUGAAGGUGGAGGAGAGCGACCUGAAGCGCCGCAUCAGCUUCCUCUACCCGGUGCUCUCGCACAACCUCUCGGUGCUCAUCAACGGCACGCAGGAGCACGACUCGGGCCAGUACAUGUGCACCGUCAACGUGGCGGAUGACUCCAGCAGCACGGGCAAGAACGUCGGCGUCAUCAACCUCACCGUGCUGGUGCCGCCGGCCGCCCCGGCUUGCCGGCUGCAGGGCAGCCCCGCCGUGGGGGGCAACGUGACGCUGAGCUGCGCCUCGCGCAAGGGCAAACCGCUGCCUUCCUACCAGUGGCAGCGCGCCGCGCCCGCCGCCCAGGUCUUCUUCCCGCCGAUGCAAGACCGCGCCAGGGGCACCCUCAAGCUGACCAACCUCUCGCUGGACAUGUCGGGCGUCUACGUGUGCGCGGCGGAGAACCGGGCCGGCUCGGCCACGUGCAACGUCACCCUGGAGGUGCUCUCGAGCAGCAACGCGGCCGUCGUCGCCGGCGCCGUGCUGGGCUCCCUGGUGGGCUUCGGCCUCCUCGUCUUCCUCGGCUUGCAGCUCCGCGUCUACCGGCGGAAGAAGCGGGACGGGCAGGAGGAGGCGGCCAACGAGAUCAAGGAAGACGCCGUGGCUCCCAAAAGCCUGGCGUGGGCCAAAAGCGCCGCGCCGGACGCCGCCUCCCGCACCAGCACCCUGUCCUCGGCGCCGGGCGCCCGCCCCAAGCUCGAGGGCCCCCGCGCCGCCUCCGACGCCGCCUCCGACGGCCCGGCCAACGGCACCGCCGGCUCGCGGGGCCGCCGGCCCCAGGGUCCCCCCCGCCACCGCCCGCCGCCCGCCGCCGCCGGCCUGGCCAGGAUGGGUGCCGUGGCCGUCAUGGUGCCGGCGCAGAGCCAGGCCGGCUCCCUGGUGUGACCCCCCCCCCGCCCGAAAAACCCACCCCACCCCUUUAUUUCGAUUUUUUGGGGUUUUUUUUUUUCCCCUCAGCUUUCUAACGCGGGGCUCGCGCUUUUUUAACAGCCACCCAAAACCCUCUAUAUCGCUCUUAAUUUUUUUUUUGGGGGGGGGUAGCAAUUAAUUUUUAGCCCUGUAGGAUACUAACUGCUCUCGCAGCCCCGGCCGCGGGGGGGGAUUUUUUUUUUGUGCGUUUUUUUCUUUUUUUUUUAUGUACGAUUUGAAAUGUAAUAUUUUUCAUAAAAGCAUUAAAAGCGUUGGGGUUUU